AUGGCUUUAGAGGAGGUUGAAGCAACUAAUGACAUUGAUGAGUCCUAUGAAGAUAAUUUACAAGAGGAGGUUGAAGGAAACAAUGACAUUGUGUAUGUUGCAGAAAAUUUUGAAGCAGAAUCUAGAGAAAGAAAGAAAUUAAGAGUCUUAAGCAAUGAAGAACGCAUGUCUAUUUAUCAUGAGCUACUACAAAAAAGCGUUGAUGGACAAUUACGUAAAGGAGCUACAAAUGAGGUGGCUUCAUCAAAUUCGGUUCCUAUAAGAACUGUUCAACGUAUUUGGAAAAGAGCAAAAGAAAGUGAAACGCGUGAUGUCUCUCAUAGGAAGAUAAAAAAUUAUAGACGUAAGAGAAUUUCAAUUGAUGAGAAUCAAAUUCGUGAACUUCCUUUCAGUCAAAGAACAAACAUUCGAUCUUUAGCUUUUGGGUUGAAAACCAAUCCAACAUCGGUGUUCAGGCUUAUAAAAUCAGGGCUUAUACAGCAUAAUUCAAAUGCCAUAAAACCAUUAUUGAAAGAAGAAAACAAAAUAUCUAGGCUGGAAUUUUGUUUAUCAAUGCUUGAAGGAACAAUGGUAACAAAAGCAAUAACUUCGGUUAAGAGAGAUGUGGUAAGAUCAUUCCUUAUUGACAAAGUCCUACCGGCUAUAAGAGAAAAAUGGCCAAGAGAUGACUUGAAGUCAACAAUAUUUAUUCAGCAGGAUAACGCAAGGACGCAUAUAAACCAUAAUGAUCCUUUGUUUUGUGAGGCUGCUACCAAGGAUGGGUUUGAUAUUCGUUUAAUGUGUCAGCCUGCAAACUCUCCAGAUUUAAAUAUCUUAGAUCUUGGGUUUUUCUCGGCUAUACAAUCAUUGCAAUACAAGGAAGCACCAAAAACUAUUGAUCAACUUAUCGAUGCAGUGGUGAAGUCAUUUGAAAAUUUUCCUUCAAUUAUAUCCAAUCGUAUAUUUGUAUCAUUGCAAUUAUGCAUGGUAGAGAUCAUGAAAGUGACAGGUUCCAAUAAAUAUAAAAUUCCUCAUAUAAAUAAGGAAAGGCUAGAAAGAAUAGGACAACUACCAAUUCAAAUUAAGUGUGAUCCAAUAUUAAUACAAGAAGUCAAGAAUUACUUAAACAUGGAGUAA